AUGCUUCCUAUUGUAUACGCAACUUCCUACAUCAAUUAUCCAUAACUCAAUCUUUAACAACUUUAUCCCGUUCCAACUUAAUACUAUAAUAUGAUUCCAACAAAAGUUAUGUGUGAUUAAGCCUGUCAAUUCCCGGAGAUUACUUUUAAUGAAGAAGUUUCUGAAAAUACUGAUUAAAAUCGCUAAACUCACUCUAAAGAAGCUUUGGUCCUGCAAGAACUCAACCUGUUGCUUUUAUAUUUGUAGAAGAACAUUUCCUUGCUCAAAGAAAAGACUUUUGAAAAAUUUGCUAGUGAGAAUUUGAGAAAUCUAAUAUCCAUACAUUGUGACAUACCGAAUAUCAUUAAGAAGAGAUACAUCCAGGUAAAUAAAACUAAGGAGGAAAUGACAAAAUUCAUUAUUAGAAGAUGUUUCCAAUUCAUCAAAACUUAAAUUAACUACCAAGAAAAAGAAAGUCUUGGAGCAGAAGAAAGAGAUCGUCUUUUUUAUCACACCUUCUUUUCAAGUGAUAAAGAAUUUAUGAACACAUUAGAAAAUGGCACUAUCGAUGACCUCAUACCAUUUAGAAAAGAAUCAAAACUCAAAACUAUUAAUGAUGCUUAUUUAAAUAAACUUUUCAAAUCACAAAAGUUUUCUUAUUACUAUCAGAAAUUUUUAAAUGAAUUUCAAACCAUAUGUUAACAUGAAAAUGAAGAGAAAAUUGAGAAAAUGACUAAAUAAAUUUUAAAAAUCAUCAUCGCAAGAGAUUACGAUAAAAUUAAGUCUUAUCGAAGAUUUCCAUGGAAAGAUCAUGAAUUUAACAAAUGUGAAAAUAGAGCAUAAGAAAUCUAUUCAAAAUAUCAUUCAUAGAAAAUCAAAAAUGAAAAGAAACUUUUGAAAAAGGAAUUAAUUAAGUUAGAACACAUAGAAAUAUCUGAAUCUAUUAAAUGAACAUUAUAAAAAUAUGGACAUCCAAUUAUAUUUAUAUAUAUUCAAA